AUGGAUCAAUUGUUCGGAGCAUUACUCGGUACUGGAUUGGGCUUACUCACGACUGCCACAAUCGAUGCUGCAGAUCAUCAUCGUCAAAAGAAAAAACGAUCAUCUACAUUCACUUCUGGCGAGGGUGUUCAACGAAGUACAUUGAAACCAACUAGUCACACCUUGAACACGAUAUCAUUUAGUCAAACUUCGUCCACAGAUCAUUCACGUGCUGUUCUUGUCGCUGCAAGCUUAGAAAGAUUCGGCAAGACCUGUGAACGUCUAGUCAACAUUGCAUUUCACAGUAGUCAAACAUUUCCAACAAUGAUAGGCACCUGCGCGGAUAUCAGUGACUAUCUUCGCAAGGAACUCGCCAAGCAAUAUCCCACUGAAUACUUUCACAUCAUUAUUGGAGAAAAUCAUGCUUUUGGUUUUGCAGUAGACGACGCUGUAUAUCUUGCAGAGAUCGAACAAGAUCGAUACCGUGUGUUGAUCUUCACAGCCAAACAGAACGUUCGCAGCAAAGCAGAUACACAUGAUGCUAAUAGUACAAUGUUACUCGACUGGAAUCUCAUCUCAUGGAAAAUGUCAAAUAAAUAA